AUGAGUCCCAGCGGUCCAUGGCAAAAGAUUGAGGUGGACAUCUGUGAACUAGAUGGCAAGAAAUACCUAAUAGUCAUGGACUAUUGUUCUCACGAUACCAAGAUUGCACAACUACAAGCCAUCACAAGCCAGCAGAAUCUAUUACAGGUCAUCUUCUAUGAAGACAAGAACUUUCAGGGAAGUUCCUACGAGUGCAGCAGUGACUGCACUGACCUUCACUCUCAUUUCAGACGUUGUAACUCUAUUCGGGUUGAAAGUGGAAACUGGAUGUUAUAUGAGCGACCACACUUUAUGGGUUACCAGUACUUUCUGCGCCAGGGCGAGUAUGCUGACUACCAACGGUGGAUGGGUUUUAAUGAUUGUGUCAGAUCCUGUCGAAUGAUACCCCAAGUGAGCACUCCACUUUUACUUAAAGGGUCCUACAAAAUGAUGAUCUACGAACGUUCAGACUUUGGUGGUCAGAUGAUGGAGUUCACUGAUGACUGUCCAUCCCUUUAUGACCGCUUCCAUUACAAUGAUAUCCAUUCUUGCAAUGUUCAAGAUGGAUACUGGAUCUUCUAUGAGCACCCUAAUUUCAGAGGCAGACAAUACCUCCUGAGACCUGGCGAAUACAGAAGGUACAAUGACUGGGGUGCCAUGAGCUCAAGAGUUGGUUCUAUUAGACGUAUUACCUUCUAAAAAUGAAAGGCGAGAAGAUUUGGAAUGAAAGAAACUAUACAAUAAACCUUUUCUUUUCUGACAUUAAUAUUGGAAUAUAAAAUAAAAUAAACAUGUUUUUAACAUGUGACCCAAAUGUGUACAUUUAAAUGUAUUCAGGCUAUAUGAUCCUCCUGCUGCAAUUCCAGAUACCAAUCAGUUUUAAGAAAAACCGGGGCAGUUGGUUCAAAUACUUUAAAGUACAUGAAAUCAAAAUUGACCUUAUUUAUUUUGUUAGCUGAAAUUGCUAAUUUUGUGGUGAAUAAUUCAUCCCUGCAAGUCAAUCCACACAAAAAAAUUGUUUGGCUUCGUAAUAUUUAAUCAAAAUCUGAAAAUGCUC